UGACCUCCUUUCAAUUUUUGGUAGUGCCACCCCUGAUUCCGAAUAGUCAGGAGUAAUGCCAGCAAAGUGGAACUGAAAGGGCAACACACUAUGUGUGUCAUCUGUGUGAGGUAUGGUCAUCGGGAAAAUGCUUACCACAGCGAACAGUUUUAUCAUUUGAUAAGCAUGAGGGCAAAUACAACAGUUCAGUGACUAAUCAGCCACAAGCAAAUAAUGCCAUCAACAAAUUUUGAAAUUAUGUUUAUCCAUCACUAUCUUAUCUCCAGCUUGAGAUGUAAAGGCCAGUUUUGCUGGUAUGUAUUUGGUCAGAGCUCCUGUAGUUAGGCCCAAGGACAGUAGCAGACAGAGAGCAAGAUGGUUGUUAUGCAUUGUGUUGGAUCUGUGAUUUCGAGGAGUCCAGUGAGUGGGAUCCAAAGUGAUAGAUUUAUUCCAUCUCGAACAGGGAACAAUUGGCAGACCAAGUUUGCAAUGAUCACGGAGAAUUGUCGCAAUGGCCAGACCACCAAAAAAGCACGCGAGAAUGGGGAAGGAGGACGUGACGGUCUGGCAUACACGUGCUUGUUGAAAAAUGAACUCUUUGGAGCCAGCAUAGAAGAUAUCAAAGGGCAGUGUGAAGACAAGCAAGCGCUUUCUCCCAGUGGUAAAAAUCUUUUCCAGUUUAUGCCUCCAAUAGCUAAUUUGGCAUCACAGGACUCAACAAACUCAUCAUCUUAUUCCUUAUCUCCAGUCAGUGCAAAGAGCCAAAAACUGUUAAGAUCACCUAGAAAAGCAACAAGAAAAAUAUCUAGGAUUCCUUUUAAGGUGCUGGACGCCCCAGAGCUGCAGGAUGACUUCUACCUGAACCUGGUGGACUGGUCGUCUCAGAACGUGCUGGGGGUGGGGCUGGGCAGCUGUGUCUACCUGUGGUCCGCCUGCACCAGCCAGGUGACGCGCCUCUGCGACCUGUCGGGUGAUGCCAACUCCGUCACGUCCGUCGCCUGGAACGAGCGGGGCAAUCUGGUUGCUGUCGGAACGCACCACGGUUACGUCCAGGUGUGGGACGUUGCGGUCAACAAACAAGUGAACAAAAUGCAGGGCCACUCUGCCCGUGUGGGCGCGCUGGCGUGGAAUGGUGACAUCCUGUCAUCGGGAAGCAGAGACAGACUGAUUUUACAGCGUGACGUUCGGACACCGAGGGUGGUGUCCGAAAGACGACUCGUUGGCCAUAGACAAGAGGUUUGUGGCUUGAAAUGGUCUCCCGACAACCAGUGCUUGGCUUCCGGGGGCAACGACAAUCGCCUGUAUGUUUGGAACCUCCAUUCGCUGUCACCAAUCCAGACUUACACAGAGCAUCUAGCAGCAGUGAAAGCCAUUGCUUGGUCUCCCCACCACCAUGGGCUCCUAGCCAGCGGAGGCGGCACAGCUGACAGGUGUAUACGCUUCUGGAACACGUUGACCGGACAGCCGAUGCAAUGUGUUGACACUGGGUCGCAAGUGUGCAACCUGGCGUGGUCCAAGCACUCGGCGGAACUGGUUAGCACACAUGGCUAUUCCCAGAACCAAAUCUUGGUGUGGAAGUACCCUAGCCUUACUCAGGUGGCCAAGUUGACAGGUCACUCUUAUAGAGUGCUGUACUUGGCCAUGUCUCCAGAUGGCGAAGCUAUUGUCACAGGAGCAGGUGAUGAGACACUCAGAUUUUGGAAUGUUUUCAGCAAAGCCAGAUCUCAAAAGGAGAACAAGUCAGUUCUUAACCUCUUCACGAGCAUACGGUGAAUCUUUAGAAGAGUUUAGGUGCCUGGUGUACCCCAAGACUGUGAAAAAUUUAUUUCUGUAAAGUUUUAACAGAGUACGUACUUUCAAGUAUGUAGAUAGGUGUAAUGAUUGUCAUGGUCAUAGUUUUGUGAUGUUGAACAUGAACAUCAGUGAAUUUCAAGUACUGUUCAUAACAGUUUGUCCAAGGUGCAAAAAAGUAUUUUUUUUUUAUAUAUUAAUCUACAUUCUCCUCUGAAAAGUUAUGUAAGCUGAACAUUUACUUAAACAUAUUAUUUUGAUAUCUGUAAUGGUUGUGUACAUUUUGAUAUUUAUUUAUUGUAAAAUUUCCUAAAUAAUUUAUUUAUACGUACAUUUAAGACAAAAAAUUCUGAAUUUAUGGUACGUAUCUUUUUUGUAUUUGCUCCUUUGUACAACAACAAUACCUGUUUUAAGUAUAAAAAUAAUUGGUAAGUAGAUGCACAUACUGCACAGGUGGCACAACACUACCGCGACAAAAUACAGAAAUGUAUAAUGUGUAAGUGGGCAGAUUUGUGAUUUCUGUCAGUAUAGGUUAAUAUGUGUGCUUCCUUGUCUUACAUUUAAGGCUUGAGAUUGUACCAAAUUAUAUGAUGUGUGUUUGCACACCUGUAUGAGUGCAUGUACUAGAAGGCUCGCCCAACUCUUUCACCUCUAUUAUCAUUCAGACAGUGGUUGCCACACCAAAUGAAAUACAGUAAAAUUGCAAACCAUGAAUUAAUUAAUCAAUGAUAGUAUGAUGGAGUGUUUUCAACUUUGUUGCAGUUCAUUUGCUUAUCACUUCAAACAUAAUCUCUGAGGCACUAUAUAAAUGUACCUUUGUUAUGCUUAUGCUUUUCAGACCAUGUAAAUGUCAUCUCCACAUGUGCAACAUUGCUUCAGUAAAAUUAUAUUUUACUAUCAUGAAAAUAAAUUAUUUAACAUUACAUCUUUAAAAUGAGGUAAAAAUACUAUACUUCCAUAGUGUGCAUCAUUUGCUCCUUUAAUUAUAUUUUGUGUGGCAACUGCAGUUAAAAUGUUGCUGUGAUUGGCAGUGAAGAAGUUAGGUGAUCGAACUGGUACACACAUACACAUUAAUAAUUUUAUCAGUGGAAACUGAAACAUUUAAAAUUUUAACUAAUGAACAGUGCCAGUGAUAAUUUCAAGCAAAGCGUAUGUGCCAGAUAGCUGAAAGUGAUUGUAAUCCCCUGACUCAAAACUGCAGUGGUAAAGAAUGUGAUUUUGAAGAUUAGUGCUGUGCAUUACCAUCAAUGUAGCUUUGAUUUGACUGUGUUUUGGAGUAGGUACAACCUAAUUGUGCAAUAAUACUGCCUAUUACAUUUACAUUGAUAGAAGGCCCUUGUGGUGAUAUGAAUGGUAUAGUUUAAGAGGGUGUUUGACUUUUUUAAAUUUCUGAAGUUUGAAAUUAAAAAAAAAGUUUAAAAUAAUUGCUUACGAGACAAUUUCACAGGAAAAUAUAUUUCAAAAGUUGACAAAACAUUA